UCAAAGCAGAUGAAAGUCGGUCAGUCUCUCACAAAUAUCGUGCCAUUUCGUAUCUCAUACAUGUUUUUAAGUAGUAAAUCGUUAUAUGUUGAUCAAGAACCUAGUCUUUGAAUUGUGAUCCUGACGAGAAGCUAGCAAAAUUAGCAAGACGUUGGUAGUUUAGUAACGUUUUUUCCUCGAACAAUCGGUUCAUUAAAUCAAUGAUGGAACUUUCUACUCUGAUCCUGAUCGUCCUCGCAGCAUGUGUUUGCCUGUACUAUUUUAUCCUAAGCAAGCUGUCACAUUUCAAACACCAGAAGGUUCCGUAUGUGCAACCGAUUCCGUUGCUGGGUAACAUGGCACCUUUUAUAUUUCGGCGCAUGUCUUUGAUAGGCAUGAUACAAAAAGUAUACAACCUCUUUCCGGAUGCAAAGUAUUACGGCUUCUACGAUUUUGUAACGCCGGUCUACGUGAUCCGCGAUCCAGAUCUCAUCACCAAGAUCACCAUCAAAAACUUUGACAACUUCUGCGAUCAUCGCAACUUCGUGAACGAAAACGAGCCGUUAAUCAACAGAAAUCUGUUCGGCUUGCGGGGUAAUGUUUGGCGUAACAUGCGAAAGCUUCUCAGUCCUAGUUUUACGUCCAGCAAGAUGAAGAUGAUGUUCGGACUGGUAUGCGAGUGCGCUGAUAAUUUUUCUAACGCUAUGGCAACAAAAUCUAAAAAGAUUGGCAAGGCUUACGAUAUGAAGAAAAUAUUGUGCAGAUAUGCCUCCGACGUAGUGGCCUCGUGCGCCUUCGGCAUCAGCGUGGAUUCAUUUGAGCAUCCGAACAAUGAAUUUUAUGUAACCGGCAGGAAAAUCUUUGAUUUCGAUGGCAUACAAUCGUUCAUGUUUUUCCUAAAUAGAAAUUUUCCGCUGCUUACAAAAAUUCUUAAAUUAAAGAUGUUUAGUCCAAAAGUGGUGAAAUUUUUCAAAAGCAUUAUCAGCGAUACGGUGAAAGUCAGAAACGAGCAAGGAAUUCGUCGUCCGGACAUGAUUCAGUUGAUGAUGGAGAUUAAAAACAAAGAUCAAGAAUCUGCAAUUGAUAUUGACGAGAUGACCGCUCAGGCGUUCAUCUUUUUCUUUGGUGGAUUCGAUUCCGUAUCAACGACCAUGUGUUUUCUGACAUAUGAGAUUGCUGUUAAUCCCGAUAUUCAGGACAGACUGAGGGCGGAGAUCGAUGAUGUUCUUAAAAAGACUAACGGCAAACUUACUUAUGAAGUCAUCAACGGUAUGAAGUACUUGGACGCCGUGGUGAAUGAGACUCUCAGAUGCUAUCCGCUAGUGCCCUUCCUCGAUAGGGUAUGCGUCAAGGAAUUCGAACUGCCACCAGCAUUUCCGAAUGGCAAACCGAUUACGGUAAAGCCCGGCACUCCUAUCUGGAUACCGAGUUACGCUCUACAUCGUGAUUCCAAGUACUACUCUCAGCCGGACAAGUUUGAUCCCGAUAGAUUCUUGAAUGACGAUGUGAAUAGUUCGGUUUACAUGCCUUUCGGUCUCGGGCCUAGAAUCUGCAUAGCCAACAGGUUCGCUUUGAUGGAGAUGAAAGUCAUGUUGUUUCAUCUACUGUGGCGUUGCGAUCUCGAACCCGAUGCUAAAACUAAAAUUCCCAUGGUAUUCAGCAAAAAGUCUUUUUUUAUGAUGGCGGAUGGCGGUUUCUGGUUGAAAGUACGAGCGAGAAAAUCGGCUGCUCCUGUUGUGCACGAAUGCUUAUCGAACGGACAGAGAGUCGAGAACAAAUUGGAUCCAUAAUUUAUAGGACUUACUUCAAGUAUAACACUAUAAAGAACUUUGUAAGCUAUCGUUUCAGGCAAGUCUAGCCUUGUAGUUUUCUUUCUUUCUUUUUUUUAAAAAUUUAAUAAGGAUAAUUUAAUAAAUUUAAUUAAAAAAUUUAAUUUUUAUAAAGAAAGAGUUAAAAAUUUUUAUUCCAUAAAUUUUUAUACUGUUAAGAGUAAGUGUUGCAGAAUAUUUUCUUUAAUAGAUGCAAUUAUUUUUAUAUCAAAUAUCUGUUUAUAUUUGGACAAAAUAUGUUUCAAUCAUUAUGGUGUGUUAUCUUGUUUAUACAAUUAUCGUAGUAGUAGUAGUAAUUAUCGUAGUAGUUAGUUUUAUUUUCGGAAACGUGAAUUUAUGCAAUAUAUUUGACACGGCAGAAUAAUAUAGAUUUUUUUAUUAUUAGCUAUAUACAUAUAUA